AUGGCUUCUUCUUCCUCAUCUUAUUCUUCAAAACGACCAGAUGAUUUUCAAGCUGAUCAUCCAUGUGAUUGCAACUUACCAUCUCGUGUGAAGACUUCAAGAACCCCUGACAAUCCUGGAAGAAAAUUUAGAGUUUGUCAAAACUCGAUGAAUGGAAAAAGUCCAAGCUGUAAAUUCUGGCAAUGGCUGGAUGAGGAUGAAGGGAGGAUAGAUGGAAGAAAGCCUUACUGGAGGAAACCAGAAGAAAGCUGUAAUUUAACCUUGAAAAUUUGCACUUUGGAGAAUGAAAUCAGCAUAUGUAGAAUGAAGAUCGAAGAAGAAAAGAACACCAAUUUUGUUAAUAGACAGGAAUUGGACAAAGUCAAGUGGGAGUUGUUUACUCACAAAUUGGCACUGAUUUUGUUAUUUGUAUUGUAUGUGAAAAUGUGGAUUUCAUUGUAG